CGAGAAAAUGGCGGAAGUCAUUGGUAUCAGUUACAUAUUAGCGCGAGGUCCUAAAGCUGCUUGUUGAUUUCUCCUGCUGACUAUGUCAGAGAGCAUUAAAGUUAUCUGCCGCGUGAGGCCACUUAAUGAACAAGAGAAAGCAAAUGACAGCAAGUUCGUGGUGUCAUUCCCCGGUGAUGGAAACACAACUGUAUCUCUUGGGGGUAAAAACUAUAGCUUCGAUCAUGUAGUUCAGCCGAAGGCAUCUCAGUUAGAGGUGUAUGAAGUUGUGGCCAAGCCCAUUGUUGCAGAUGUGCUGAACGGAUAUAAUGGGACAAUAUUCGCCUAUGGUCAAACUUCGAGUGGAAAGACUUUUACUAUGGAGGGUAUUUUAGGUGACCCAGUCUUUCAAGGUGUUAUUCCGCGGAUAGUUCACGAUAUAUUCAACCAUAUAUACCAAAUGGACGAAAACUUGGAGUUCCAUAUUAAGGUUUCUUACUUUGAAAUAUACAUGGAAAAAAUCCGUGAUCUGCUUGAUGUUUCGAAGACAAACCUACCGGUGCAUGAGGAUAAAGACCGAGUUCCUUACGUGAAAGGUGUCACGGAAAAGUUUGUUGCCACUCCAGAAGAGGUUUUCGAUGCAAUUGAUGAGGGGAAGGCUAAUCGUCAUGUAGCCGUAACUAACAUGAAUGAGCACAGUUCUCGGAGCCAUUCAGUAUUCAUGAUCAAUGUUCGACAAGAGAAUUUGGAAACUCAAAAGAAACUACAUGGGAAACUUUAUCUUGUUGAUUUGGCUGGUAGUGAGAAAGUUGCGAAGACAGGCGCUGAGGGUACUGUGUUGGACGAAGCCAAAAAUAUUAACAAAUCGCUUUCUGCUCUUGGUAAUGUGAUCAAUGCACUUGUGGAAGGAAGUUCUCAUGUUCCUUAUCGUGACUCUAAACUAACUCGCAUUCUUCAAGAAUCUCUUGGAGGUAAUGCACGAACAACUAUGGUGAUUUGUUGUUCUCCUGCUGGGUACAAUGAUGCCGAGACGAAGUCCACCCUAAUGUUCGGUAUGCGAGCUAAAACCAUCAAGAAUCUGGUAACGGUUAACGAAGAACUUACGGCUGAUGAAUGGCGUAGGAGGUAUGAGCGAGAAAGAGAGAAAGUUAGGAAGUUGCGCAAUAUUGUAAGUCAUCUGGAGAGUGAAUUAAAACGUUGGCGAGCAGGUGAAACUGUUAGUCAAGCUGAAUGGUUCACGGAAAAUCAAUAUGCUGGCGCUAUAGACGAUACAAGAGAUUCGAUAACUACACCUAGUGUCCCCAGUACACCAAUGCUAGACAGCGUCUCCACUUCUACACCACGAUCUACUGGCCUCACAAAUGCAUCUCCAGCCCGCACUUCCGGUAAUGUCAAUCUUGGAACUAUCGGUGCUUCAGGAGGAAGUGUUGGAGAUGAACAGUUGCAGUUGCUUUAUCAGCAACUUGACGACAAAGAUGAUGAAAUAAAUAAGCAAGCUCAGACAAUUGCACGUCUUCGCCAGCAAAUUGAAGAGCAAGACGUGGUGAACAAUUCUUUGCGUAUAGAACGUGAGGGACAAUUAAAAGAAAUUACAACUCUUCAGGCUGAAUACCAGUCGAGCAAAGAUGAAGUGAAGGAAGUCCUGCAAGCCUUAGAAGAAUUAGCAAUGAAUUAUGACCAAAAGGCUCAAGAGAUUGAUGCAAAAGCGAAAGAACUUGAAGAGGCUCAAGAGUCCUUGCUACAACAAACCCGUUUAAUGCAUAGUAAAGACGGUGAAUUGUCACAGUUGAAGGAUACACAUCAAAAUCAGAAGAAGAAAUAUACUGAAAUGAUGUCUAGCCUAUUGAAGGAUCUAAUUGAUGUUGGUGAAUGCUUGAAUGAUCAAAUUACGAAACCGUCUGUUGGUUCUGAACGAUUAGAUGAAGAGUUUACUGUUGUUCGUUUGUAUAUAAGUAAGAUGAAAAGUGAGGCGAAAUCACUGCACUCACGUGUACGUCAAUUGGAAGAGGAACGUGUACAGCAUGUACAGUUAGUGCGUAAGAGCGAUGAUGAAUCUAAAGAUCUUCGAACACGACUUCAUGCUUUUGAAGUGAAAGUUGGCACCCUAAGUGAUAAAAUUGACGAGUCAGAAUCACGUAAGCGUCAAUUGCAGGAGACAGUGGAUAGCUUAAAUGCGGAGUUGGCAAAACUACGCGCUAAUGAACAAUUCAUCACCGGAUCUGGUCAACAAAAUGAACAAAUAUUAGCUGGCCAAUCAGCGAUACGAGCGAAAUUAGAUGAAGAGUUUAAACGACAAUCAGAGUAUUAUGCUGCUCAGGUGAAAUCUCUACGUGAUGAAUUAGACGAGAAACAGAAGAAGUUGGAAGAAUAUAAGGAUGAAGCCAAUAAUUUCAAAUUCCAAUCCGAGAAAUCACAAGAGGAGGUGAAACAGUUACGUGAAGAAUUAGAGACAAAAACUAAACGGCUAGACACAUUCGAGAAGACAGCUGAGAAACGUGAACAAGCCAAACAAGAUCUACGUGGUUUGGAAGAGACAGUUAUCAAAGAAUUACAAACACUACACAAUUUACGACGAUUAUUCAUCCAAGAUCUUAAUAGUCGAGUUAAAAAGUCUGCAAAUCGUGUGAAUGCACUGGCAGCGGCUGAAAAAGCUGCAGGUAACCAGCAAGGCGGUAAUAUGGCCAGUCAACAACAACAAAUCUCCGAAAGUAUAUUCAUGGACGAUGAUGAUGAUGAACCAGGUCAAGCUGGUUCACUGGCUCAAAGAGAGAAAAUUGCCUUCCUUGAAAAUAAUCUUGAUAAAUUAACUAAAGUGCAUAAACAACUUGUACAUGACAAUGCAGAGCUACGCUGUGAACUUCCUAAAAUGGAAAAACGUCUUAAGUGUACUCUGGAGCGUGUACGCAGCCUAGAGUUAUCUUUGAAAGAGGCUAAGGAAGGAGCUAUGCGAGAUCGUAAACGUUAUCAAGUUGAAGUAGAACGUAUUAAAGAGGUUGUCCGUCAACGGAAUAUCACUGGACGUCGUGGUCAAUCACAAAUCGCUAAGCCUAUACGCGCUGGACAUGCACCAGUGUCCACUGCUGGCGGUGGUGGUGGGACAGCAGUGACACGACCAGAUAUUCCAGGAUCAUCAUAAUCUCUCAUAUAUACACGUGGUGAUUAUUUUUCUAUAUGUGUACAUAUGCUUUCUUUUGGAGUUCCAUCUUGGCAGACUUUUGCAUAGAUAUAUAUAUGCGCACUUGAAUUUAUGCUUUCAUAUAUAUAUAUAUAUAUAUAUAUAUAUAUAUAUCGAUUCAACCUGUUAUGUUUACAACAAGUAGAAUGUCCACGAUGCUGCCUAUACACAAUACCCACAAUGACUGUGAGGAGCCUUAAGAACGAAGAAGUAUAUGUAACAUAUACACAUAUAUACAUAUAUGUUCGUCCCCGGUGGUUGUUUGGCGGUUCAUUGGUUGCUUUCUUUUUGGUUCCCCCACCUACUCACUAACUAACUAACUAACUAAUUUAUUGAUCACAGUUAACUUUAUUUCAUUCUUAGCACACUACAACAAAUCAUGGUCACAUAUUAUAUUAUGCAACAUACCUGCACACAUACACACAAGUUUAUCCAUGACUCUAUCGAUUGCUUUGAGUUGUUUUUUUUGUGACUUCUUCUUUUUUCACUGAUGUGUUGUGUUGUUUUAUAACUUUCGUCUGACUGACUUUAUUAUUGUCGUGGAUCUAUUCUUGUUGUCACACACAUUCAUACAUUUAUUGAUUUUGUCUGUGUGUGUGUGUGUUUGCGCGUGCGUGCGAUUGUGCUUAUUACAGAACGAGCGAGCCCGCUGAUUGCGCACCUUUUCUCCGCUCACUCACUCUCUCUCCUUCUCUCUUCGCGAAUUUAUUUAUUUUGUGAUCAAGACAAAAUAUGCGCCAAUUUCUGCGUGUAUACAAACACACACACACUGCAGUUAAAUUGUAUUUUGAAAGGGAGGGAGGAGGAGAAAAGCGCGCACGGUGGAAUAAUUUUUUAGGAUGCUAGUAAUGACAAUUGUGAUGCGAUUGAUCAGUUGCUAAAGAAGGAAGUGUAAGCCAAGCCCCCUAAGUAGAGAAAGAAAGUUAUGAGUAAAAAAAACACUUUUAUGCAGACAUGUGGUGGUGUGUGAUAUGUAAUGCUUCAUCGGCUUCUUUUCUAGUUCUUUUUCUCAUGUUUGUGAUAACAGGAUGCAGAUGAGACGCUAUGUGCUCGUGUGGCGGUGGGUGGGUGUCUUUCUGUCUGUCUGUUCCCCUUACUCAUCGCAGAUAUUUAUAUUUUUGUUAACUUCUCCUGACCGCUCUGUGUGUGUAGUAGUCAUUUAUAUACAUGUAAUUUCGAAUUCUAUGUUCUAUGUACUUACCUCUGAGGCUGGAAGAAACAGAGAGAGAGAGAGAUGGGGUCGUAGAGAGAGGGGGGGGAAAUGAGUACUCUUCAUUACACAUACAUUGAUAUCCUUUACAUAUAUAUGUAUGUAUGUAUUGGUGUGUUUUUAUGUUUGUGUAUGGUCUUAUUAUUUUUUUGCGGCUUUUUUGAUUUCAUCGCCUUUAUGUUUCUUACGCAUCAUGGUUGGAUUGGAUUUUAUGACUUUAUUCAACUUUUAUUUGCCAUGUAUAUUAUCUAAUAUUUUUUAAUAAUAAUAUUAACUUAUUAUUAUUAUUACUAUUAUUAUUAUUUAUGGUUAUGAAGUGCAUACCAUAUUGGUUACUACUACUAUUAUUAUUCUUAUUCUUAUUUGAGUCGAUUAAAAAAAAAGCAUAAUUUAAUGUAAAAG